AUGGGCCAAGGAAUGAGCGAAGUAGCACCUGGUGUUUACGUCACCAGUGCACUCGUUGCUCGUCAAGGAAACGUACUGGAUGAACAUGGUAUUACUCAUGUUAUUUCAAUACAAAAAACUCCAAUCAGUCCAUUUGCACAUCGUCAAUAUCUUUUAAUACCUGCCAAAGAUCAUAUCUCACAAGACAUAUUACAAUACGCUUCACAAUGUAAUGAUUUUAUUCAUAAUGCUCGUCUCAACCAAGGCAAACGUGGAAGGAAAAAGCCGUAG